AUGGUAUUCAAGAAAGAAGUUUUCAAGAUGCUUGGUUUACAAAAUUUCCAUGAUAAAGGAUGUCGAUAUGCAGAAGAUGCUUUUACAAAGACAGGCUUUAACAAUUGGAAAAAUGCACUAGAAAAAUUCAAUCAACAUGUUGGGGCUGCAAAUAGUUGUCACAAUAAUGCUCGAAUUCAGUUUGAAGCUUUUCAAGAUCAAAGGCACAGUUUGCCUUUUCGUGGACACGAUGAAUCAACUAGUUCUUCAAAUCUAGGUAAUUUUCUUGAGUUACUUCAAUUGCUUGGUCAACAUAAUGUCGAUGUUUCCAAAGUGUUGGGUACAAAUGCUCCUGCUAAUAAUCAGAUGACUUCUCCACGAAUUCAAAAGGAAUUAGCAAAUGCUUGUGCUUCAGAAGUCACACUUGCUAUAGUCAAAGAUAUUAGGGAUAGAGUUUUCACUAUCUUGGUUGACGAGGCUCGAGAUGUUUCAUUGAAGGAACAAAUGGGUGUUGUUUUAAGAUACGUGAAUAGUGAAGGAUAUCAUAAUUUAUCUCUAUCCAGAGUGAGAGGUCAAGGAUACGAUGGAGCUUCAAAUAUGCGAGGUGAGUUCAAUGGAUUGAAAUCUCUAAUAUUGCAAGAAAAUCCUUAUGCCAUGUACAUCCAUUGUUUCUCUCACCAACUCCAAUUGAUAAUUGUUGCUAUUACUAAGGGUGUUAGAGUUACGAAGGAUUCUUUUAACUAUAUCUCUAUGAUUGUGAAUAUGGUUGGGGCAUCUUGUAAGAGAAAGGAUCAACUUAGGAAGUUGCAACAUGAAAGAUUAGUUGCACAACUUAAUGAUGAAGAAGUGACUAGUGGAAGAGGUCAAAAUCAAGAAAGUACUUUGGUAAGACCAGGAGACACUCGUUGGGGCUCACAUUACUCUACAUUGCUUCGUUUAUGCUCUAUGUUGCCUGUAGUUGAGAAAGAGUUGGAAAUUGUUAGAGAUGAUGCCACUAUCCUUGAUAAUAGAAGUACUACUUAA